GGUCGCCUUUGGAGUGGGCAUCCCGGAUCCCGACGGAGGCGCUUGAGCUAAGGGGUGAUGGAGGAGUACGCACGUGAGCCUUGGUAGGGGUUAGGACGAGGCGGAGACGGAGACCGACAUUUGAAUCCCCGAGGGAGUGGGAAUCUGGCCUCCCAUCGCUCCACCCUCCCCCGCCGCCCACACACUUGGUCUCUCCCAGACUCGGUCCUAGCUCGCUGUAGACUGUUCCAUUACCAGCGGACAGGGGGAAGUAUCGCGGCUGCCCUGCCUUGAUCGCUCCUACUCCCCUCCCCCCACCCCGGCUGCGAUGGACGAUUCUACUGGGGGCCCCUGGAGGAUUGUGGACGACUGCGGUGGGGCCUUCACCAUGGGAGUCAUCGGGGGAGGCGUUUUCCAGGCUAUCAAGGGCUUCCGAAAUGCCCCAGUAGGCAUCCGGCACCGAUUUCGGGGUAGUGUCAGUGCAGUGAGAAUCCGGGCCCCCCAGAUUGGAGGUAGCUUUGCUGUCUGGGGCGGCUUGUUUUCUACCAUUGAUUGUGGGCUUGUCCGACUUCGGGGGAAGGAGGACCCGUGGAAUUCCAUUACAAGCGGGGCUCUCACGGGUGCUGUGCUGGCAGCUCGGAGUGGGCCCCUGGCCAUGGUUGGAUCAGCCAUGAUGGGAGGGAUCCUGUUGGCCCUGAUUGAAGGUGUGGGUAUCCUCCUCACCCGCUACACAGCUCAGCAGUUCCGGAACACACCCCCCUUCGUAGAAGAUCCUGGACAGCUGCCCCCCAAGGAAGGUUCUGCCCCGCCCCCCAGUUACCCAGGCUACGGACAGUACCAGUGAAGCCACCAGGCCAUGGGGGCGGGAGAGGGAGAACACGGGGAGAACAGGGGGACAUUUGGAUCCUUGACUGUUGGGGGAAAUGAACUGGACUCCCAUUUUUUCACUACCUCUCUGAGCCAGUGCUUCAGGGCAGGGGAGCCCUCAGGGCCCCCUCCUGGCUUUGCUCCAGAGAGAGGGGCUGGCUAGGCAGGGGCUCACAUCAUCUCAGGGAGUGUGACAUGCCUCAGGGAAGGGAUUGCUGUUCCUAGAGCUGAGGAUGGAUUGGAGGGCCGAUUGACCAUUCAGUGCUGCCGCAGAGGGGGCCCCUUCUACCCCAAAAAAUUAGUUCAUUGAGACCAAAUCAUUGUUGGCUCCCAGCUCAUGUACACCCCCACCCCCAACUCCACACACCCCUACCCCAACAAAGAAAAAAAAAAUCUGGCUUUUUCUCCUUUCCAAUUUUUCUUUGCCAUAUUUCUCCCUCUUUAUUUAAAGCUGGUUCUGAAACCUA